AUGCCUUCAGUCACCUCUGACUCUGCCUUCAUCACUCCUCAGAAGCAACGGCCGCCAGAUUCAGCAGCUUCUUCCAUACCCACCCCGCCGUCGAGAUCCACACAUACAUGCAGUACAGCUCUAUUCUGCUGCGAUAGGCUCUAUCCGCUCACACGCCCGAUGGGACCCCAUGAACAAGCCAUUUACCAUUUUGCAUACUACAUGGUCAACAUCGUCGACGCACCUACAACCCGAACAUACCUCCCAGAAGCCCACCCAAUACUCCUAGAGCAAUCAGGCUAUGUGAUCCGUUUCGAGCGAUGGAUGAACGGCCAAAAGGACGAAACUCGACACUUUAUGCCCCAUCCCAAGCUCGACACCACAUUUAUCGAGCUGCAAUCCACAACAUUGGCUGCUAGCUCAAGGAAAGCAAAGUGGGCACCGAACUGGAGGUAUCUGAAGUUUAGGUGUGAUAUUCAUGAUGGGCCAUGGUUUAUUUGCUUUGUGCUUGAGCGAAGAGCAGGAGGAAAGAGACCUAAGGUGGUUCAAUCUGGGAGGGGAAAGAGAAAGAUAGGUACCGGCGUGGAAGAUGAGAGCACUGAGGACUUAAGUUCAGAUGAAGCCGAACUCCCGGAUACCCAGACUCGCAAGACUAUCAAGCGUCGCAGAAUGUAG